GUAUGACUUUGUACACCGUAACGGAAAAGCUCAACAAUGCGAUUUGCGCAGUAGGAAAAAUCCUUUACUAGUAUUCGGAGUUUAUGUUUACUACAAAUAUGUGAUUUCGAAAUGGGCUAUGAAUAAAAACGUAACGUGAUGUGAUCAUUUGAUGUUAUAAAGAACGCCGAAAUGGUUGAAAAAUCACCAUACCCGGUGAAACAAUUGUUAUCUGCAUCUGGCAAAUGUGUUUGAAAUACUUGUUUAUGAAGCUGAUCAUGUUUUGGAUGAUUGAAACAAAGUCAGAAUGUUGUGUUUAACAGAUCAAGUGUCUCGUUAUUUCGGUUGUUUACUGUUUGUGUUGUGCUGUUUCUUCUACACGGAGGGAAAUGAAAAAAGUCAGAAAUGGUCGAUGCAGGACUGGUGCGGACAACAGCUCGAGGCACACGGAGGCGAACUCCACUUUGACUCACAAGUUUCUGGCGGGCGGGCAUGCGCGUUGGAGUUGGUGGGCCUAGGGCCAGUGGACACGAUGUGGUCCAUAUACUUCUCCGCGUUCAACGUGACCGGAUCCUGCGCAGCCAACGUCACGAUCAAGGAGCCGGGAGCCACGCCUUUUGUGUCAGGGCAUGAUAAACGGGGCUUGUACGCAUCGUUCUGCCAGUCUGAGAAGGGUCUGACCUCGUAUACGAUGUUCACGACGGUGGGUAAUCGCUUGCUGGUAGAAUUUACCCCCAACACCGCACACAGCCUCUACCGCGCACUCCCACGCGCGUCCACCGUUAAGUUCACGCUGAGCAUGGCCGCGUUCACUAUCAGACCUCAUGGUUGCACGGAGCUAGGUGACGCGGACGGUGGGAGUCUGUACUCGUGCAAGACGGGCAGGUGUGUGCACGAGAGCGUUGUGUGCCAGGACCUAAACCCAUGCGGCGACUUCUCAGACUGUGACAAGGAGGGGCACGCGGCGUCCCAGGGCCCGACUGGCGGCGAAGUGGGGACGGAGGAGCAAGGGACGGGGUUUGUCACGGUGGCGCUGGUGGUGGUGGGUGUGGUGUUCGGGAUGUUUGCGCUUAUACAGAUCAUGCUCGUGGUGAAACAGCAGUACACAAAAUGCGGCUGGCAGAGGGGCGAGCGAAAGAACGCUCUACAUGGGGAAGUGCUGUCGAACGGACGGACUGGCGGUCAUGACGGGGGCGCUAUCGAGGACGAGGUGGUCUUUAUAGAGACGAGCAGAUAACACCGGUCAGCGGCCAAUCAUCAACAUCUCGCUCAGAAGACCACGUAGAGUUGACAUCCAGUGGCAGUGAAUUGGCUCUAUGAUAAUCACAUGAACAGUCCGUUUUUGAAGGAACUGGUUAGCCGUACGCAUAAAAUCCAUGAAAUCCAUAAUUGCCAUUUCAUAUUUAUCGUCGUUCUCUACGUGUAAAGGCAUUACCAAUUGUGUUAUUCAUUUUUGACAUCAUUUUGUACAUCUAGAGAAGUUGGUUAAGCUUAUUUAGGGGCCAUGAUAUUAACAGUUUGAUCCUCUGAGACAAGGGACAUAACUGAGCUUUGUUACAUUCGGGAUACAGUCCCUUUAUGCUCGAACUGAAUAGGAAUACAUUUGUUGUUGUUGUUGCCGUUGUCUUUGUAUAUCAGUAUGUAUUGUUCACUCGUUGUUCAUUCAUAAUGACUCUUUUUUGUCGUGUAUUUCUAUUAUGUUUGGGUUAUGAUUUUGUAGAUUUAUAGUAAUACUUUAUUAAUUAGAUUGCUUUAUUUUCGUUUGGUAAUCUUUGUUUUACAUUUUAUAAUUAUCAAUGUUUCAAAAGUUUUGUCUAUUUUAAACUGUAUCUAUGUAAAUACUAUAAAUAAAUAUCAAA